UUACAUGCGUGGGGGCUCAUCACGAGCUUCGCGGUCUCCAUGACCCUGAAAGCAGCAACCGAGCUGGGCAUCUUUGACGCGCUCGGCAACGCCGGCAGCCUUGCGAUUACGGCGGAUGAGUUAGCCUCGCGGCUCCCAACCAUGGACAAGGCUGGCGGGUUGGCUCCAGUGGACCGCAUCAUGUGGCUGCUUGCCUCCUUCGACAUCGUCAAGUGCGUAACGGAGGCAGGUCCAAGCGGCGAGGUGAUCCGGCACUACAAACCCUCGCCGGUGUGUCGGUGGCUCAGCAGCAACCACGGUGGCCCGUCGCUGGCGCCCUACUCUAUGUUCACUACGGACCAGUACUUCUUGAUGGCCUGGCAGCAGCUGGGGGCGGCAGCGGGAGGCGGACAAACGGCGUUCAAGAGGACGCAUGGGGUUCCGAUGGGCAAGCACUUGGGGAGAAACCCUCGGCUCCUCGGGGUGGUCGACAAGGCCAUGGUGCAGAUCUCGGUGAUGGUGACCAGCAAGCUGUUGGAACGCUUCCACGGGUUUGACGACGUGGCCGUGCUCGUCGAUGUUGGUGGCGGCACCGGUUCUACCAUGGAGAUGAUCACCUGCAGGUACAAGCAUAUCAGGGGCAUCAACUUCGACCUGCCUCAUGUCAUCUCCCUCGCGCCGUCUAUUCUCGGUGUCGAACAUAUAGCUGGAAAUAUGUUUGAUAAUGUUCCCACUGGAGAUGCGAUUUUCUUAAAGACGGUACUCCAUAUGUUGGACGACAAUGACUGCAUAAAGGUUCUAAAAAAUUGCCAUCAAGCUUUGCCAGACAAGGGGCGGCUGAUCGCUGUUGAGUUUGUCUUGCCGGCUACUCCAGAGGUGACAAGGGCAGCACAAAAUCUCUACAUUCUCGAUGUGAUGAUGUUAAAUAACUCUGAGGGAGGGAAGGAGAGAACUGCGCAAGAGUUUCUGAAGCUGGCUAGGGAAUCGGGUUUCAACGGCACCUUCCAAUCAACUUACAUUUUUGGAAACUUUUGGGCUCUCGAAUUUACCAAAUAGUAACCAUGACAUUUUAUGUCGUCUAUGCUGGCUACUAUUGAUAAUGUGUGUGAGAUUGGCUUGUAGAAUUGUUUGUAUUAUUUAUUUCAAUAAUGAUGGACUUUUUAAUCAAAACAAUGCAUGUAUCAUUAUUUGUACCAUUUAAUAUAAUGAUGAUGUUGGUAUAAUUAUUUGUAUCACUUAUA